GUGGACCAAGGCGGCUCGGCUCAGCGCCUUUAAAACUCCUUCGGACCGCGGCGGGCAAGCACAGGCGGACAGACAGAGGGACAGACGAACACCCGCGGGCACCAUGGCGAGCCCUUGCGUAGAGCUUAGCAACAAGAUGAAGAUGCCCAUGCUGGGGCUGGGCACUUGGCAGGCUCCUCCAGGAAAGGUGGAAGAGGUGGUGAAGUAUGCCAUUGAUGCAGGCUACCGCCUCUUUGACUGUGCCUAUUUCUACCAGAAUGAAAAUGAGAUAGGGAAUGCAGUCAAGCAGAAGAUCAAGGAAGGGGCUGUGAAACGGGAAGACCUCUUCAUUGUCACUAAGCUGUGGAACACAUUUCAUGAGAAGUCCAUGGUCAAGGUAGCAUGCAAGAAGAGUCUUGAUGCCCUGCAACUGGACUACCUUGACCUCUACCUGAUGCACUGCCCUAUGGGAUUCAAGGCUGGGGAGGAGCUGUUUCCUGUGGAUGACAAGGGAAUGGUUAUCCCCAGUGACACAGAUUUUCUGGACACAUGGGAGGCCAUGGAAGAGCUGGUGGACUGUGGUCUGGUGAAAGCCAUUGGCAUCUCCAACUUUAACCAUGAGCAGAUUGAAAGACUCCUGAACAAGCCAGGACUGAAAUACAAGCCAGUCAAUAAUCAGAUUGAAUGUCACCCAUACCUCACCCAGGAAAAGAUGAUCAAGUACUGCAAAUCCAAAGGGAUUGUGGUGACUGCUUUCAGCCCCCUUGGCUCUCCUAACCGCCCGUGGGCCAAACCAGGGGAACCUACACUGCUGGAAGAUCCCAAAAUUAAAGAGAUUGCUGCUAGACAUCAGAAAUCCCCUGCCCAGGUUUUGAUCCGGUUCCUCAUCCAGAGAGAUAUGAUUGUCAUACCCAAGUCUGACAAACCACAGCGUGUUCAGGAGAACAUCAAGGUGUUUGACUUUGAACUCUCAAAAAAGGAGAUGGACACCAUCCUCACCUUCAACAGGAACUGGAGGGCAGUUACAGUGGCCCAGGCUACCAAUCACAAGGACUACCCAUUCAAAACAGAAUAUUAAUGGCAGCAGUUUCUGAAAGGUCUCCAUGUAACUCCUUCCAGAGCAGAAGAUGCACUCCACAGCUUGGUCUCAAUUUCUUCUUUUGUGCUUGACAAUCACUAUGAGCAGUCCCUUGUGCUCCCUUGUUUUUUCCAGAGGGCACCACUAGCUGGUGUAAGAAUGCAUCAGUAGGGCUGGGCCUUCUGCAAAGAUGGUUAGCAGAAAUCUGAUGUUAAUUCACAGAAUCACAGAAUUAACCAGGCUGGAAAAGACCUUUGAGAUCACUGAGUCCAAAAGAGUAAACAAGGCAAUGCUUCUUCAUUUCCUUUCCCCCUUGUCUUCCUUAACUGAAGGCAAUGUUUUGUUUCUGAAUAAAGUUGGAAUAACACAAGCCCUGUGAGGAGAGGCUGAGGGAGCUGGGGGUGUGCAGCCUGCAGAAGAGGAGGCUCAGGGCAGAGCUCAUUGCUGUCUGCAGCUCCCUGAAGGGAGGCUGUAGCCAGGUGGGGUUGGGCUCUUCUGCCAGGCAAGCAGCAACAGAACAAGGGGACACAGUGUGAAGUUGUGGCAGGGGAGGUCUAGGCUGGAUGUUCUGAGGAAGUUGUUGUCAGAGAGAGUGAUUGGCAUUGGAAUGGGCUGCCCAGGGAGGUGAUGCAAUCAUCAUCUCUGAAGGUGUUGAAGCCAAGCCUGGCUGGGGCACUUAGUGCCAUGGUCUGGUUGGUUGGGCAGGGCUGGGUGCUAGGUUGGACUGGCUGAGCUUGGAGGCCUCUUCCACCCUGGCUGAUUCCAUGAUUCUCUGAUUAAAAUACAUGCUUAAUGAAAACCUCUGGUCACUUAUAUGUAUUUUGUUCAUCUGUUAUUCCCAGUGUGGUCAAACUACUCCAUGUCUCACUGCUAAGAAGAGGUCUCUUCUACUGCUUUGCUUUUCUCACAGAUGUGAAUCUCUAAUGCUUUCCAUUUAUUUUUUUCUGAAUAAAGUUUGAAUAACAGCACAA